AUGGCAGAGCAGAAGUCGAUGCGUGAGCACAUGCAUCUUGAGAGGACCACUCCUCUCAGACCAAUUGUUCUGCCAACGGAGACGGUGGAGGCACGCAAUGCCUUCACCAUCAAACUUGGUAUCCAUAAUGCCCUUCUUCUUUUCUAUGGGAGUGAGAAUGAGGAUCCUGCGGAUAAGUGGUUGCGGAUGCACAAGGCGCAGUCUUUCACGACAUGGGCUAUUGUUCGAGAUCUCUUUUAUGAGAGAUAUUUCUCAGAGGGAGGGCGAGUCAUUUUUAAGGUGUUGGGAGUGUUUCAAGGACUUCUUGUUGUUCUUAUCGCACCAUGGUUUGCAAGGCACCAACUGGUGUCGUUUUUCUAUUUGGACCUAAAUGUUGCGAUAGCCCAACAGAUUGAGUACCUUCGUAAGGAAGAGAAUUUUCUAGACAAGUUCUCAGAUGAUGCGUGGGAUUCUCUAGAAGAGUUGGCCGAGAAACACCGGAGUUGGGAACCUUCCGACCUCGCUAAUACGGCUAUGGCUGCUCAGGGACCCAGUAGUUCAGGCGUUUUUUCAUUGAGCAUGCGAGAGUAUAAUGUCCAAUCUCAACUGGACAAGAUGUUUAAGCAAUUAGAGAAUUUGAAACUCAUGCAAGUCCAACAAGUGAACGAGGUGAGAGUCGAGGAAAUGUGCGCAUUGUGUGAGUGUCCAGGGCAUUCAGUCACUGAUUGCCCCAGUGGGCCCACAACCCACUUUUGGGUUGGAGAGAUCAAAAAGUCCCAGUGCAACCCGAAGCACCACCUUAACAGCAAAUUCAGCAGUUCUGGCCCUCUCAAGUCUCAAAUAAGCAUCACUGAGCAGACCAAACAGGCAAUUGAUGACAUUAAGACCCAGUUGACUGCAGCAGUUGGACAAGUCGAGCAUGAAAGGGAAAAUCUGGAGGAGGUUAGGGCGAUCAUCACUCUUAGAAGUGGGAAGGAGAUCGACAAAAUAAAUCCUCUAAAGCAAAAAUUGGUUCUACCCCCGGAGCUAGUGGCUGCACCAGUAGUUUCUCCAGACUUGGAAAGUGUUCCUGAGGAAGAUGAUGAGCCAGAGUCUCCUGAAGUGGAGGUGUCUGCGCCUGCAGCCCCCACGACUCCAUCGCCACUCGUUGUUCCAUAUCUCCAUCGCUUGGUGACGAAACCCAAGGCCAAUGUGAACUUCCAGAUUCUGGAAUUAUUCAAGAAAGUUCAGUUUUCUAUCUCCUUGAUGGAAGCCAUUGACGUCAUUCAUCAGUUCGCUAAGGUUUUGAAAUAUCUGUGCACUUCAAAGCGAAGAACUAAGAGUCAGGACAAAGUGCUCAUAAUGGAGCAGGUGAGCUCCAUUUUCCAGGCCGAUAUCCUAACUAAGUGUAAGGACCCUGGUUGUCCCACCAUUCCUAUAGCUAUCGCAAGCCAGAAGUUCAAUAAGGCUUUGUUGGAUUUAGGAGCAAGUGUCAACUUGCUCCCAAAUUCGGUCACGCUACAGUUGGCUGAUCCGAGUGUGAGAGUUUCGAAGGGGGUGGUGGAGGGUGUUCUGAUUCAGGUGGGCGAGUUCCUUUUUCCUGUCGACUUUAUUGUCUUAGAUACGUGCCCGAUACUAAAGGUCUUCGAGAAGACCCCUAUCAUCCUUGGCCGUCCCUUCUUAGGCACCUCCAAUGCCAUCAUGAACUGCAAAACUGGACAACUCUAG